ACAAUGUGGCUAUAAAAUGGUCUGACAGACUUUGUGGAAGAAUUGACGAGAAUAACUUAUGUCUAUUUGGAGUGAUGGGGUUCAGGCAAGUGUCUGCAGUGUCUGCAGUGCUGCUGUUGAUCGUGGCGUUUGUUUGUGUUAAUGAUGCUUGGAUCUCCAGAUGGUUUAAUCCGAGAUUGGGGUUUCUGCAUGACGAUGGCGUUUCAACCCAGUUUGACACUCAGAAACCAGUGCAAGAAGACCCUGCGGGAAAGGACCCUGUGGGACAAGAACCUAGUGAGCCCAUUGUCGAGCCUGUGGGGCAGGAAACUAGCCAGGCUGAAGACCCUGAGAGCUUCCAGUCCAAGCAGACAUUUGAGAACCCUCUGACUUGGCUCUAUCCUACGAUUGAGAAGCAUGAGCGCAAAUCUACAGUGUUUGAGCGGCUAAAGCAGGUGGCAGCCAACGGUGUUGUGGCUUGGUGUGGGCAAAGUGUGGUCCGUGUGGAGGUGAAACAGGAACUUCUGGGGAUUGGCCGGCUCAUCCAGCCAGCGCUUAUCACUCUAGGAGGCUGUGCUGCCAUUGAGGAGGAUGCUGAAGCUCUUGGGCUCACCUUUGAAUCAGCGCUGCAUGGCUGUGGCAGUGAGCUGACGAUGACUGAGGAUGUGCUGAUCUACACCUUCACUCUUGUCUAUGAGCCAAAACCUCUUGCUAACACUUCUAUAUUGAACACAAGUAAAGCUAUGGUUGAUAUUGAGUGCCACUACUUGAGGAAUAAUGAAGUGAGCAGCAAUUCCCUGAAGUAUGCUGUAGAACCUAGCAAGCCUGUGGGCCAAGAACCUAGCCAGGUUGUUAUAAAGCCUGUGGUAGAGCCUGUGGGCCAUGAACCUGGAGAGCAGCCUGUGGGCCAUCCUUUGGGCCAAGAUCCUAGUGAGCAUGUUGGAGAGCCUGUCGGACAAGAUUCUAGUGAGCCUGUGGGCCAGCAUCCUGUUGGAGAGCAGCCUGUGGGCCAAGAACCUAAUGAGCCUGUGGGCCAAGAACCUAGUGAGCCUGUGGGCCAGCAACCUGUUGGAGAGCAGCCUGUGGGCCAGGAACUGAGCCAGCAGCCUGUUGGUAAGCGUUUGGGCCAAGAACCUAGUGAGCAUGUUGGAGAGCCUGUGGGCCAUGACCCUGUGGGCCAAGAACGUAGUGAGCCUGUGGGCCAAGAACGUAGUGAGCCUGUGGGCCAGCAACCUGUUGGAGAGCAGCCUGUGGUUCAGGAACUUAGCCAGCAGCCUGUUGGCGAGCCUUUGGGUCAAGAACCUAGUGAGCAGCCUGUUGGUGAGCCUGUGGGCCAAGAACCUAGUGAGCAGCCUGUUGGCGAGCCUGUGGGUCAGGAUCCUGGCAAGCCUAUGGGUCAGGAACUUAGCCAGCAGCCUGUUGGCGAGCCUUUGGGUCAAGAACCUAGUGAGCAGCCUGUUGGUGAGCCUGUGGGCCAAGAACCUAGUGAGCAGCCUGUUGGCGAGCCUGUGGGUCAGGAUCCUGGCAAGCCUAUGGGUCAGGAACCUGGUGAGCAGCCUGUUGGUGAGCCUGUGGGCCAAGAACCUAGUGAGCCGCCUGUUGGCGAGCCUGUGGGCCAGGAACCUAGCGAGUCUUUGGGCCAAGAACCUAGUGAGAUUUUGGGUAAUGAACUUAGUGAGCCUGUGGGCCAGGAACCUAUCAAGCAGCCUGUGGGCCAGCAACCUGUUGGCGAGCAGCCUGUGGGCCAGGAACUUAGGCUACAGCCAGGAACUGUUGGCGAGCCUUUGGGCCAAGAACCUAGUGAGCAUGUUGGAGAGCCUGUGGUCCAAGAUCCUAAUGAGCUUGUGGGCCAGCAUCCUGUUGGAGAGCACCCUGUGGGCCAUGGUCCUGUGGGUCAGGAACUUAGUGAGCCUGUGGGAGAGCAGCCUGUGGGCCAGGAACAUAGGCAGCAGCCUGUUGGCGGGCCUUUGGGCCAAGAACCUAGUGAGCAUGUUGGAGAGCAGCCUGUGGGCCAGGAACCAAGUAAGAUUUUGGGUAAUGAACUUAGCGAGCCUGUGGGCCAGGAUCCUAGCGAGCAGCCUGUGGGUCAGGAACCUAGCCAGUCUGUGGCCCAAGAGCCUGUGGGCCAUGAACCUGGAGAGCAGCCUUUGAGCCAGGAACUUGUUGGAGAGCAGCCUAUGGGCCAGCCUUUGGGCCAAGAACCAAGUGAGCAUGUUGGAGAGCUUGUGGGCCAGGAACCACGUGAGCCUGUGAUCCAGCAACCUAUUGGAGCGCAGCCUGUGGGCCAGCAACCUGUUGGAGAGCAGCCUGUGGGCCAGGAACCUAGCGAUCCUUUAGGCCAAGAGUCUAGUGAGCACGGUGGAGAGCCUGUGGGCCAGCAUCCUGUUGGAGAGCAGCCUGUGGGCCAGCCUUUGGGCCAAGAACCAAGUGAGCAUGUUGGAGAGCUUGUGGGCCAUGAACCACGUGAGCCUGUGGUCCAGCAACCUGUUGGAGAGCAGCCUGUGGGCCAGGAUCCUAGCGAUCCUUUAGGCCAAGAGUCUAGUGAGCAUGGUGGAGAGCCUGUGGGCCAAGAUCCUAGUGAGCCUGUGGGCCAGCAUCCUGUUGGAGAGCAGCCUGUGGGCCAUGACCAUGUGGGUCAAGAACGUAGUGAUGAUGUGGGUCAAGAACCUAGUGAGCCUGUUGGCCAAGUACCUAGUGAGCAUGUUGGAGAGCAGCCUGUGGGCCAAGAACCUAGUGAGCAGCCUGUUGUCGAGCCUUUGGGCCAAGAACCUAGUAAGUAUGUUGAAGAGCCUGUGGGUCAGGAACUUAACCAGCAGCCUGUGGGCCAGGAACCUAGCGAGCCUGUGGGCCAAGAGCCUAGUGAGCAGCCUGUUGGCGAGCCUUUGGUUCAGGAACCUAGCGAGCCUUUGGGCCAAGAACCUAGUGAGCGUGUUGGAGCACAGCCUGUGGGCCAGGAACCUAGCGAUCCUUUAGGCCAAGAGUCUAGUGAGCAUGGUGGAGAGCCUGUGGGCCAGCAUCCUGUUGGAGAGCAGCCUGUGGGCCAUGACCAUGUGGGUCAAGAACGUAGUGAUGUUGUGGGCCAAGAACCUAGUGAGCCUGUGGGCCAAGUACCUAGUGAGCCUGUGGGCCAGCAACCUGUUGGAGAGCAGCCUUUGGGCCAAGAACCUAGUGAGCAGCCUGUUGGCAAGCCUUUGGGUCAGGAAUCUAACGAGCCUUUGGGCCAAGAACCUAGUAAGUAUGUUGAAGAGCCUGUGGGCCAGGAACCAAGUGAGAUUUUGGGUAAUGAACUUAGCGAGCCUGUGGGCCAGGAACUUAACCAGCAGCCCGUGGGCCAGGAACCUAGCGAGCCUGUGGGCCAAGAGCCUAGUGAGCAGCCUGUUGGCGAGCCUUUGGUUCAGGAACCUAGCGAGCCUUUGGGCCAAGAACCUAGUGAGCGUGUUGGAGCACAGCCUGUGGGCCAGCAACCUGUUGGAGCACAGCCUGUGGGCCAGCAACCUGUUGGAGCACAGCCUGUGGGCCAGCAACCUGUGUGCCAUGAACCUGGCGAGCAGCCUGUGGGCCAGCAACCUUUUGGAGAACAGCCUGUGGGCCAGGAAUCUGUGGUCCAGCAACCUAGAGGAGAGUCUGUGGGCCAGGAGCCUGUUGGUGUGCCUUUGGGCCAGGAACCUAUCCAGGAUGAAGACCCUGAGAGCUCCCAGUCCAAGCAGACGUCUGAGAACCCUUUGACUUGGCGCUAUCCUGAAGUUGCAAAGCCUGAGCACAGGCAUACUGUGUCUGAGCGGCUGAAGCAGGUGGCGGCCAACAGUGUGUCGGCUCAGUGUGGGGAGAGUGUGGUCCGGGUGCAGGUGAACCAGGACCUGCUGGGGAUUGGCCGGCUCAUACAGCCAGAGCGUAUCACUCUAGGAGGUUGUGCUGCCACUGAGGAGGACGCUGAAGCUCAUGUGAUCACCUUUGAAUCAGAGCUGCAUGGCUGUGGCAGUGAGCUGACGAUGACUGAGGAUGUGCUGAUCUACACCUUCACGCUUGUCUAUGAGCCAAAACCUUUUGCUAACACUUCUAUAGUGAAGACCAGUGCAGCUAUGGUUGAUAUUAAGUGCCACUACUUGAGGAAUCACGAUGUGAGCAGCAAUGCCCUGAAGCCAACCUGGAUCCCCAACAUUUCCAACAUGGUGGCAGAGGAACUCCUCUACUUCUCCCUGAGGUUAAUGACUGCUGACUGGCAGUUUGAGAGGCCCUCCAACCAUUACUAUCUUGGUGACAUCAUCAACAUGGAAGCCUCGGUCAUGCCGUACCACCACGUUCCCCUCCGCGUCUUUGUGGACCGCUGUGUCGCCACCUUGGCGCCUGAUGUCCACACUGUCCCUAGAUAUUCUUUCAUUGAGGACCAUGGGUGUCUGGUUGAUGCCAAGUUGACCGGCUCCAGCUCCCAGUUCCUGUCCAGAUCCCAGGAUGACAAGAUCCAGUUUCAGCUGGAGUCCUUCAGAUUCCAACCACAGAAUGAUUCCCAACAGCUCUACAUAACAUGUCAUCUGAAAGCAGCUGCAGCCUCUUCCCCCAUUGAUGCUGAGAACAAGGCCUGCUCUUUCACUGAUGGCUGGAAGGCUGCAGGUGGGGAUGACCUGGUUUGUGGCUGCUGUGACUCCAGCUGUGCUGUGAGCAAGGCUAGAGAUCUGGACAGUGAUUUAGAUAUGCAGAAGGAAGGUGAAGCUACCUUGGGCCCUAUCAUGGUCCAAGUGUAAUAUUACAAGAACCUUGCCUAUUUAACUUUUUGAGGAGAAUAAACCUGUUACAAUGUUCACAUCUGACUGGAUUUAUUUGGAAUGUAAAAUUCAGGGCUUUUAUUAUUCAAAUAAGAAUGUGUGUAGCUGAUCAUUCUUUAUUCACAGAACUUUGUCAUGAGCUACAUGUCUCAGGUUUGUAACGUUGCUACUGUACUGAAUUGUUUCCAGGAGUGAUUUGUCAAUUGACUAUAUUUAUUUUGAAAAUAAACAUUUUAAAGUGUUUGGA